AACCCCACCCACCGCAGUGUGUGGGACUGGGACAUCAUCCUGGCACAACUGCCUUCUCAUUUCUAGAGCGAGCCAUCCCCUGUUCGGGUUGCCACUGUGACCACAGCACAGCACGAGACCCAUCAUGCCCCCCAUACAGACACCUGCGUGUUCUCUGCUUCUCUCCACGCUGCUGCUGCUACUGCUGUGCGGUGCGGGACAGCAGUGUCACGCGGCCCAUCCCUUGCUCGUGUUCCUGAUCGACGGGUUCCGCUAUGACUACAUGAAUGACCUGCACGCGCUACCCGGAUUUCGCGAACUCGUGGGCAAUGGGGUUAAGGUGGACUAUAUGACGCCGGACUUCCCGAGUUUAUCAUACCCUAAUUACUACUCAAUAAUGACAGGCCGUCACUGUGAUGUUCAUCAGAUGACUGGAAACUACAUGUGGGAUGAAGCCUCCAAGAAGGAGUUUCUGAUUGGGACCAAUCCUGACAGCCGGUUGCCUCUUUGGUGGGAUGGAUCAGAGCCAUUAUGGGUCACCCUGCAGAAGCUGGGAAAGAAGGUUUUCAUGUACUACUGGCCUGGCUGCGAAGUGGAGAUUCUGGGUGUCCGUCCAUCAUUUUGUGAGGAAUACGUCUACAACCCAUCAGAGAAAAACCUCACCGACUCAAUAGCGAAUGCUCUCAACGUCCUGAGGUCAGGCCAAGCAGGCAUGGCAGCAAUAUAUUAUGAGAAAAUAGAUGUGGAGGGUCAUCACUUCGGUCCAGACUCUCAUCAGGUCAAAACAGCUGUACAACAACUGGAUCUUGCCAUGCAGAAACUCAACAGCAAAAUCAAAGAGGAGAACAUGGUGAACCAGCUGAACAUUGUACUAUUUUCAGACCACGGUAUGACAAAGAUCCAGUGGAUGGAGAAGGUCAUAGAGUUGGACAAUUAUAUCAACAUGUCAGACAUUGUCAAGAUGAUGGACAGAGGACCUGUGGUCAGUCUGUGGCCCAAAGAUAACAAGUACAAAGAGGUGUAUGCUGCAUUGUCCCAGGUCCCUAACAUGCGUGUCUAUGCCAGACAGGAGAUCCCUGAUCGUUUCCAUUUCAAAGGAGGGAAGUUUGUCUCCCCCCUGACGCUAGUGGCUGAGCCAGGCUGGUUUAUCGCUGAGAACAAGGCAAGACUCCCAUACUGGAAAAACAACUCUGGGGAGCCUUCAGCCUGGCAAAAUGGCUGGCAUGGUUACGACAAUGAGUUCCUCGACAUGAGAGGCUUUUUUUUGGCGACAGGACCUGACUUCAAGCGAAAUGUUCAGGCGGCUCCAAUUCGAUCGGUGGACAUCUAUAACGUGAUGUGCUGGACGUUGGGAGUGGAACCUUUGCCCAAUAAUGGGUCCUGGUCUCGGGUGGAGUACCUCCUGAAUGGCUCUGAUUGUCCAUCCCAGCCCACAACCCUCUGGACCUGCUGUAUGGGUUUGUUUGGAAUACUGCUGGCACUAUGGGACAAAAACAUUUAACAGUUCAAUGUCUAUGGCAUGUGAGGUAGCUAGAAAUUAUCUGCUAGAAAGAGUUAGAACAUUAAACUGUGUGGAGGUUAAUGCAUCUGAAAGGUUGGAAAAUGUGACCUUGAAAUGGUUAGAGCAUUCUUAUGGACCAAAAACAUGAAGCCUUAAAGGGCAUGGAGAGUUUGCCAGUACCUCAUCCCAACUUCCUAAAUGGACUGGGGAAAAAAGAUAAUUCUACAUGCCCACAACACCUUAGAAAGGACUUCCUUUCUGGAUUCUUUAGAGCCCUAAACUCACUUUUUCUUUUCCUUCUCCAGCUGUCCAUGUUUGAUCAAAAUGUGUUUAUGUCUGAGGUGAUACAUACCUUAAAUGUACAGCAAACAGCAAGUUGUUAAUUUUGACAUUUGCCUGAGCAUUUUCAGUUUUGGCUCAGUUCAUGUUUUCUUCUGCAAGUUCUCUUGCCAUUUUAUUGUUAGUUAUAGUUGAUAGAGAUACAACAUGUCAGAUGUGAUACAUGUAUUCAGGGUUUCUGGUGCUUUACAGUUUUUAUAUAUUUCUGAGUUUCCUGGAAAGAACUCUGUAAUUUGAAAGUUGUCACAGGGAAAAUAGGAAUUUCCUUGAAAGAACUGCUCAAUUUCAAUGCUACAUAUUCAUUAAUUAUUUAUCAAUUAUUGGAAACAUUGAUCUCCACAUAUGCAUAUAUAAAUUUCACAUUUAUCAUCAGAAUGAAAAUCACAGAAGAGCGCUUUUAAAUUGAUGGACUUCAUACAGUAUAGGAUCCUGAUGUUGCCUUCCUUUGAUAUGUGUAACAGCUAGAAUAGGUAUUGGGGGAAUGACGUAAGCUAUACUUAAAUUGGUAAAGCACAAAUACAUGUAGAAGAUGUUUUGAAACCCUAAUCUUUUCAGACGCAUUUCUUCCUUUUUUAUGCUUGGGCUCUGUUAAAAUCUUGUGAAUUCAGUCUGUAUGGUGGAUGAUUAUAACCAAGAUGCUUGUUUUGAGCUGGUUUUUAAUUCAGCUAUUGAUGUCUUUGUGUCAGAUCUGUAAGAUCCUGUUUGACACACAUUUUGUGAAAAGUGCUCCAUAAAUAAAUUUGCUUUGAUUUGGAAAACAUGA